CGGUGACGCCAUACGCGGGCGCCGCGCCACGUGGUGUUUGUGACGCGCGGAGAGCGCGCCGCUGCAUGGGCGGGCGGGCGGGGUCGGGAUGCGGCGGCAUCGGCCCGGGGACGGGGACAGGGACAGGGACAGGUUGCCGCCGGCCUGAGACCUGAUUCUUCAGGCAUCACCUGGGAGCAGAGUCUUCCUCACCCCACACUGUCAUAUCGAUCCUCACUGUGAGAGACAGGCUGGUGAGACUGGACUUCAGUCCAACUGAUGAACCGCAAUGUGCCAUCACAUGGUUUGUGGAGACGUUUUCCAUCCAUGUUUCUCCGCUGAGGACCAUUCCUGAAAUCAGCCUCUUCUGCUGACGGUUGGGGCAGCGAGGUCAGGAUGGCAAGUGGAGUGAGCGACGUCCCGUGCAAUCCGCCUCCAACCGAGGGAGAGUUGGAGCAGGAGGAUGAGCUGGAGCUGCAGGCCCAGGAGUACAUGGACCACGUGCGCAACCCCGAGCUGUGCGGCCCCCGGCCCCGCAGCUGCCCACUGGAGCCGUGCAGCGAGCAGCAGCAGCAGCCGCGCGGCAGCAAGUCCUGCGCCUCUGACCUAAGUGUCCGGCGGCGGACCAGUCAGGUGCUGCCCAUCGACAACGUGCAGUCCAGCCUCCUCUCCCUCCCCUGGGAGCUGGUCCUGGAGAUCUGCUCCUACCUGGACGCCAGGUUCGUGCUCGGAGUCCUCCCCUUGGUGUGUCGAGCAUUCCAGUGCGUCCUGACCGAUGAGGUGACCUGGAGAAUACGGGCGCAGAAGAUCCUUGGCUUGACCUACCCAGUGUUGGAAGGUAAAGAUUUUGAUUGGCCGACUGUGUGCAUUGAGCUCGAGGAGCACCUUUCCCACUGGUCAGGCACCAACCCGAAGGUGGAGCAUUUCACACUGGCCGAUGGCCACUUUGCCUCCGUGGACUCAGUGCUGCUCAUUCAGAAUGCCACACUAUGUAUUUCGGGAUCCAGGGACAGGAACGUUAACAUCUGGGACCUUAGGCGAUUAGCCCAGGAUGGUGAGAAGGCGCUGGUGAAGACUCUUGGACACCAACCACGGGGAACGCACAGGGGCUGGGUGUGGGCUCUCGCAGCCCAGGAGAAUAUGCUGUGCUCUGGAUCGUGGGACAGCAGCAUCAAGCUGUGGGACAUGGCUGCAGAGGGGGCGGCAGUCCGGGACAUCAGAGGGAAGGCGGCUGUGCUUUGUCUGGUGUAUCAUCCUGACGUCCUGGUAACUGGAUCAUACGAUAAGUUGGUCACCAUGUACGACCCACGAGUCAAUUACCCGGUGGUGUCCAGUCGGAAGCUGCACUCCAGCGCGGUGCUGUGCCUGGCAGCUGAUGAUCGUUUUGUACUGUCUGGUAGUGAGGACAGGACCCUGGUGGUAGUCGAUCGCAGAAACAAUCAUGUUCUACAAAGGCUACAGUUGGACUCCUACCUGCUGAGCAUGUCAUAUGAACGUGGUGAGCUUUGGGCCGGCGACAAGUGGGGCUUGGUACACGUCUUCGACCAACAGGGUGGCAACUUCCAGCAUGUCAAGUGUUUCAAUGUUGGUCACCAUUCCCAGAUGACAGGGAUCAAGCAUUCCGUGGGCACUCUAUACACAUCAUCAACAGAUAAGACCAUUAAGGUGCACGUACCAACGGAGCCGCCUCACACGGUGUGCACUUUGCCGCACAAUGACGUGGUGAAUGGGAUCAGUGUGGAACGGGACGUGUUGGCAGCAGCUUCUGGAUCCAUGACUGUGGAGAUCUGGAGAAUGACCAAGUGACGAGGACUGGCUCUAGCUGAGGCAGCGGCCUGGGUUCCUGCAGAGCAGCGUAAGGAGGUCUUCAGCCCAUGCCAGCCUACAGCCGGUGUCAGGAUCUUCCGUAUGAAGGAAUGAACGCUUUAGCAUACUUUAGUAAAAUCUCCCACUGGCACUAUGUGGCUUCAGCCAACCUCAUCAUUUUCCUAAUGCAUUAAAUUCUUAUUGAAUGGGACAGUUACACACUAAUAUUCUUCCUUGUUGUUCCUCGAAUCUCUUCUUUCCGUGUGUGAUAGUGGGAGGUGCUAGGAGUGCAGAGCCACACAGGAGGAGGCAGGUGUCGUACUGUUCUCUGCCAGGGAGCAGCCCUACUGUUUAAUCUCAGAGGCUGCUGCGGCUUUGCUUAGAGCGAGCUUUCUUCCUGCAGCAAUUCGAAUGUUUUGAGAUCCAUCGAUCCACUUCUUUGACCCACAUUCAUGGACAUGUGUAAUUAUAAUUGCGUGUUUAAUAUGCAUGGUAUUCUGCUGAAGGACUUAUCAGUGGCGAUACCCUCGGAGCAGUAGAUGGGAGACGUUCUGUCUGAUUUCCAGACUGUACAUUGAAGAGACUCCCACUGAAAGAUUGUGCUGACAUAUAGACAAAGAAGCACUUUGUAACGUCCCUUCAUCGCACGCUCCCAACCCUGUGACACCACCUCUCCUCCCCUCCAUCCUGCUUCUCUCUCUACUGCGGCAGGGUUUGGUUCCAGGAUGGAACCCAGGGCUCAGUGCAGGUAGCUGGCCUCGUGGCUCUGCCUCGUCUGCAGGGACAACACACUCGCCUGAAUCAGAAGGUUGUGGGUUCAAUUCCUGCUCCAGCGUCUUGAGCACAGAAACUAGAUGAACCUUACGAUGUAGUGUGUUUGUAACAUAGGACAUGAGCCCUCUCCGACCUUCAUAUGGACUUAAAAUAAUUGUGUCUGUGCCUUCUCCUUGUACCUUUUCCUGUAUGUUCACAAAACCUGUAUCUUUC